AUGGGCAAAGAAAUUCAGAGUGCGGAAACACGCGAGACGUGGCGGUCAGACUCGUCACGCACAGUCGCCGUCGAAGAUGUUCCUGUCACCUCAGUCGUGGAGCCCAAGAAACCGUGGUGGCUUCCAAUCAAGGAGCCUGGGUCAGCGGCGCAGAUUGUCAUCUCAGCAGUGAUAGCUAUCGCAAUCGGCCUCGCGGUGACGAGCACUGUCGACUCUGUGCCCGUCGCCUGUAGCACGAUCCUUGAAAUCCCAGGAACGACAUGGCUCAGAGCGUUGAGGGCCACCGUGCUCCCUCUCAUUAUCACGUCCCUCAUUCUCGCAGUUCAGUCCCUGCGCGACCUUGGAACCGGCAAUGGCGCGCGCAUCGCAAAGUGGACACUGGGAUACUACCUCAUCACCACCAUCAUCGCCAUCGUUUUUUCUGUUGUAACUGUCGCCGUUGGAUGGUCCCGCCUUAUGGUGCCAGUCGAAGGUGAAGACAGGGAACAAAUUGACCCCGAACGAGAAGAAGUCGCGCCUCAUGACGUUGUGGUGGACUUGUUCGAGUCGUUGAUCCCGCAGAACAUCGUCAGUGCCUUGGCCGAGGAUACCCUGCUGAGCGUGAUGGUCGUUAGCAUCAUCGUGGGCUACCUUCUCAAGCCAGCCAGCCCUAUUCUGAGAGUUGUGAAGGAGAUCGAAGAGAUGGUAAUCAAAAUCAUCAUUUUCCUCAUCAAACUCGCGCCGAUCGGAGUCUUUUUCCUCAUCCUGCCCAACAUGUUCAGGCUGGACAUCUCAGAGAUCGGGCAGAAUCUUGGCGUGUUGAUUGGAGCGGCGCUGUCGGGGAUGUUUGUCCAUGUGUUCGUCACCCUGUCAAUCAUCUUUGCGGUGUUGGUGAAGGAGAACCCGUAUACGUUCUUCAUACGCAUCUCACCGGCCUGGAUGACUGCUUGGGGUUCUGCGAGCUCGGCUGCUACGCUGCCGGUUACUAUGCGCACGACCUUGGCACAAGGGGUCCCGAUGGUUGUAACGAAGUUCGCUGUACCAGUUGGGUGUCUUGUGAACAUGGAUGGCACCGCGAUUUAUUUCCCCGUUGUAGUGACAUUCAUGGCUGCUACACAGUCAAUUACUAUCGGGCCGGCGCAGUACGUGAUAAUAACACUGCUAUCUACGCUCGCAACAAUCGGAGCCUCGCCAAUUCCGAGCUCUUCACUCGUCCUUACCGUCAUGAUCUGUGAGGCUGUGAACGUACCCAUUACGGGGAUGUAUGCCGUCGUUGUGGCGAUUGACUGGUUCCUAGACCGCUUCAGGACAGCAGUGAAUGUUAGUGGGGAUUGCUAUGCAGCUAAAGUAGUUGCCAAAAUGACCGGCAUCAAGGAUAGUGAUGACGAAUAUGACGAGGAAAUAGUUGAAGGCGUCCCGGUGAGAAGAGAUUCUAACGAGCAAGCAUGA